UAGAAUGGGUACAUUCCACGGUUCUAGAAAUAUACAGGUGCCUCAGAGAGGAGUAUAAGGAUCUGAGUGUCAAAGAACUCGUGUACGUGGCCGUUGAUCGCUAUAAUAACACCAUACACUCUGUGACAAAUAAGAAACCAUCAGAUGUAUUCUUUAAUAGGUCACAGAGGAUUAACUAUCAAAGCCUUUUAAACAUACGUCAAAAGAUUAAUAACGACCUUAGGGGAAUUAUUAGGAAAAAUAUGGAUGCUAGGAAUGCUAGAAGAAAUCUGAAGAGAGUGGUUCCCAAAAAGUAUAAAAGAGGUGAAGUCGUUUAUGUGGCUACAAAAGGCAUUAAAAGUAAAAACAAGCCUUUAUAUAGAAAAGAAAUUGUAGCCAAAGACAACAAGGUUACUGUAACGACAGAAAGUGGAAAAAAAUCCAUAAAGCUCACCUCAAAAACAUUCGGUAAAUAAAAAAAAAAUUGAUCUUCUUUGACCCCUUAAAAAAAAAAAAAAAAAAAAAAAAAAAAAAAAAAAAAGAAGAGUGGGCCCAGGCCUUGUAUGAAAAAUUAACAAAUAAAAAAAACAAAAUGUUCAAAUAUGCCUAGGAGUUAGCCUCACGAAACAAGGGGCCGGUUCACUAAAAAAUUACUUAAACGUAAUAAUGGUGGUGUUGGCCCUCGUACCCUAGUAGGCUGUUUGAAAAUUUAACCUUACAAGCCAAAGCGGAACAAUACGAACCUUCCGAUCCAGUGACUACCCCGAAAAUUUAAUGGAGAGCUAACUCAUCAGGCGUCAUAAAUAUGAAAAAUCAUUUAUCAUUACAAAAAGAAAGAAACUAAUGUAAACAGAGUACAACAUUAAUUGAAUUACAAAAUUGUAAUAAGACAAUAAUUGAUUUGCAUACGUGCAAUUGUACAUUCGUAUACGUACAAAAAUAUAUACUAAAUUUAUAUUCUAUAAAUUAGAUUUUAAGAAAUUUUAUAAAACUGUGCUUAAUAAAUAUUGAUUACAUAUACAUUACAGAUUAGUAGUUCUUUUCACUCCCAUGCAGACCUUGCAUAUAUUCGCUUACGAAUCACCGGUGGUAACGAUUAAAGAGACAAACGCCUGGAUAGCAAACGGAGUUUUUAAACUCAUACAUGUAAUCGACUUGAACAAAUACGACACACUUGUACAGGAAACCGAACGACUUACGUUUAAACAUUUAAAGGACGAAGAAAUGCGGCAUAUUCUGAACUAUCACAUAACUCAGGUCAAACAAAGGAUAAAUGAAUUAAGAGACACGAAAACGAGGCAGGUUAGGUCAGUGAAUUGAAUAGGAACUGCCUGGAAAUGGAUAGGUGGUUCUCCAGACGCAACUGACUGGGACAAUCUUUUAAAAGAACAGACAAAGAUCACAGAAAACAAUAACCGACAAUACGUUAUCAACAGGAAAUUGUUUGAUAAGACUCAGGAAGUAACGGAGAAACUUAAUAAACUAAUCGAACGCUAUAAUAACGCUAUUGAAAAAACAGAGACAGACAAACUCAGACAUGACUUACUCGAUAAGAUACUUAUUUUAAAAGAAGGAGUUAAUGAGAUAAUAAGAGCCUGUCAAAUGGCCAAGAACGGUAUCGUCAAUAGCAAUCUUUUGGACUCAGAAGAAAUUAAUACCAUAGUGAACGAACUCGAAACUCUACCUUACCAAAAUGUUGUAGAAGCUGUCGAAUACGGACGACCUUCUGUAUAUUGUAAUGGUACAUUGCUCCUUUACGUACUAUCUAUACCGAAAAUUGACCCUAAGGUUCACCACCUAAUCACCGUUCAUGCAGCGAUUAGAAACAACAAACAAGUUGACUUAGACUACUCCAGACUAUUACUAAGCCAUGACGCAACUUACGGAUUAAAUGAAGAUUGUGAUAACAUAGGUAACACCUCGGUGUGUAACGAAAACAUACUUAAAAAACUCCCAGAAAACUCUUGCAUUUCUAGACUUCUUAAGGGUGGAAAUGCAUUAUGCAACUACAAAACGACAAACGAAGAAAUCAUAGAAAUGAUCGGAGAAAAUACAGUUUUCCUUACGAAUUUUAAUGGCUCUAUUUUAAAUAAAAACUCCUCUAUUCCUUUAGAAGGUACCUACCUGAUCCAGCUAGACAACGAGAUGGUUCAAAUAAAGGAUAAGACGUAUAACAAAAUCUGCUUACUCCUAACAGUCGUAGCUAUCAUCUUUCUACUCUGGAAAAAAAUCUAUGGGAAAGCUAACAUCCCGGAGCUUCGCUUGUCGUUCCGUGGAAAACCAAUACCAGCACUUCGACCUACCCUAGGGACCAAUGACAUCAAGGAAACAAAAGGUUGCUGCCCUCAAUGUUCAACGGAUGAUCUGCGGGACGCAGAUAUUUGAAGGGGCGGCAGUUAACACGAGCAGGCAUUGACCCAGCAUAUAAAAUGCCAACGAAGCACACGAGCUUCCGUCGAAUAAAGUCAAUGCGUUCCCACCGGGAAAUCCGAUUCCAGGUGAAUGUUCGAGGUUGCAUGGGAACUUCAAUUGCAAUAUUAGAACUUGAAUUGCAAUAUCAGCACUUAAUAUUAUAUUGAUUAAGCUUGAUAGAGAAUUAUAUUCAUUUUGGCAUUCAUUCUUAAAGUUACCGCAGAACAAUAAAGUGCAACUUAUAUUCCUAUUGAAAUUCUCUUGUUUUAUUUCCGAGCAGUUGGGCUCGAAGAAAAUAUUUUUUUAAUAAUAACCGUGGUUAAAUCCUU